UUAGGGUUUUUCAUAUUUAGGGUUGCCUUAUAAGCUCGCCAUAGCCUCAUUUGCUACCUUACUUGGCCGACGACAGCAACUGAGCCAGUGUUAAAGAGACAAGGCGCCUCCGCGCAACAACCAUGGUUCACGUCUCCUUUUACCGCAACUAUGGGAAGACAUUUAAGAAGCCUCGUCGUCCUUAUGAAAAGGAGCGAUUGGAUGCUGAGCUGAGGCUAGUGGGAGAGUAUGGGCUGCGAUGCAAGAGGGAACUCUGGAGAGUUCAGUAUGCUCUAAGCCGCAUUCGAAAUGCUGCAAGGGAUCUUCUAACCCUUGAUGAGAAGAACCCACGUCGGAUCUUUGAGGGUGAGGCUCUUCUUCGCAGGAUGAACCGAUAUGGGCUUUUGGAUGAGAGCCAGAACAAGCUUGAUUAUGUCUUGGCCUUGACUGUGGAGAACUUCCUUGAGCGCCGCCUUCAAACUCUUGUGUUCAAGGCUGGAAUGGCUAAGUCUAUCCACCAUGCCCGAGUGCUUAUCAGGCAGAGGCAUGUUAGGGUUGGCAGGCAGGUAGUCAACAUUCCUUCAUUUAUGGUGAGGGUUGAUUCACAAAAGCACAUUGAUUUCUCUCUCACUAGUCCAUUUGGUGGUGGUCGUCCUGGAAGAGUAAAGAGAAGGAAUCAGAGGGCAGCUGCCAAGAAGGCUGCUGGUGGAGAUGGAGAUGAAGAAGAUGAAGAAUGAGUAAUGGGGUUUGAUCUUUUUGCGGAUAGUUAUAGUAGGACUAUCUCAUCUAAGCUAGUUUUACAUGACUUGAAAAGUGAUGUCUUGCUGUUUAUUUGGAUGAAAUUUUGAUUGCUAUAUUUUGGACAUCUUGUUUUACCGAAUUUUGUUUUAGCUUCCAAGAUAAUGUGGCUCCGUUUUUUUAUUACUUGCAUACAAGAUUAUCUUUCCCUA